CCAGUUUUUCUUGAAUUCUCAUUUUUUUUUGAAUAUUUACCUGAAGAAUUCCUUGCUCAUUUGUUCGAUGAUAAAAUGAUGUAACACCAAAAAAAAGUUCUAUGUAAGCGAGUACAUUCGUAUGCGUUAGCAAGACGGAAUAAUAGAUUAAAGUUCAUUUGAUUAUUUGAAACGGUAAAUAAAUAGAAGGAAAGAAUCAUCGACCGUUUUCAAGCUUCUACUCGACGACGAGUUAACUCGAAGGAAAAUAAAAAAGAAAGCACAGCUCUGACUUUGCGUGUAUUAGAACGAAAUGAAAGUGCUUAUUUCCAAAGUUCUCUGAGGACAACGGUCAAGGUCAGGUCUUGUUGACACGAAGCAGAGAUCCACGCAGUAGAGUACGAAUAUUUCGUGUACAGUUUUCGCUCCGUUGGUGUAGCGUCAUCCUAUUACUAACCAUAAACGUAAUCGUAAAUAUUGUGACAAUUUUGAAUCACUUUGUCGUAUUAUUUACAAGAACGUGAAGCCACAAUCAUGUAGGGUCAUCCUUUGAAAACAAUACAUUAGUCAAUCGGUUAAUCGCCUUUACUUGCCCCCCGCCGAUCCACAAACUACGACUGUGACUCAACCCCCGAAAACUAGCCAUUCAUUUUCUUCCAAUCCCCACCGCGCUUCCCCCACUCUCAGUAAUCGUCUCCGAACUCGAAUUCCUUCGCUAAAGUAUUGCUAACGUUUCUUCAUUCUUCAUUCAGUCGAUAUCGAGCACUCGUAUCACCCAAAUUUCCUUCUUUUUCAUCCCGCAAAGUUUGUCGAUUGAAAGAACAUAAACACAACUUUUUGUCAACUUACGAAAAUACGCGAGACGCGACUUCAGUGACCGCCCCUUAGUGUGUGGACUCAAAACAAUUCGUUGACGGCAAUUUGAAGCGUUGAAACUGAAAAUGUUGAAAUAUUUCAAAAAACUGUUCGAAAACGCCAUUAUCCAGGGCCAACAAUUGGUCGGACGAAACGUGCAGUCUGCUAUUGACAGUGAAGAAAACGAGAACGAGAGGGAGACGGUGGAUCACGUGGAGCCUCGGGAAGCGCCGAGACCGGCGAGAGUAAAAAAACCGCUUUCAAAAUUUAAGGGUUGCACGAUAAAUUGUGGCAAAGAAAUUAAAAAAAUGCGACAGGAAAUUCGCUGUUGCGCUCAGCGAAUUUCUGGAGCCGGGAGUCGAAAAAAAUCUGAGCAAAUAAUAGAAAAUAGGAACAAAAGAAAAGAAGAAAAAUAUUGUCUUUCGGACGAAAAGUGUCAGUGUGAAAAUUGCUCGAUCGUUUCAUCUUUUAACGAGUGCGGAGUUUGCCUCGAGUCUCUGCAAUCUCGCGGAAUAAGAUCAUGCCCGGUGUGUGCAAACAUCGUUUGUUCGAGCUGCACAAAAAAAUUAGUACAUUGCCCGUUCUGUAGGAGCGCGAAGCCCAUGCAAAAAAAUCGAGCGAUUGAGAGAUUGCUUGGUGGACUUUUCAUGCCCUGCAAAAAUGCCAGAAAUGGAUGUCGGACGAUGCUAAAUUCCGAGAUGAGAUCCGAACACGAGGCUAGCUGCGAAUAUAACAGUGUCGAGUGUCCAAUUUCUCAUACUUGCUGUUGGAGUGGAUCUCCAACAUCGAUGUUGGCCCAUUUGCAAAAAGUGCACGCUCUUAAACCCCUCGAGGACGAUGGUUUGACCGUAGAAAUAUCGAAUUUUCGUAAAAAAUCGAUGACCAGCGAAGGAGAAUACACGAUAUAUCUUUCCUGUCACGGUCAAUUAUUCGCCGUAAAAGUAACGCUGUACCGUAAGAAAUUAAUAUUGUCGUUCUCUCAAAUCGGUUUCACAACAUCGGCUCGUAAAAUCGACGGAAAAAAGUACGGCGUGUGGGUAAAAAUCAGAAUAGCUGGUAAAUUGAUUCGAGGAGUUUUACCCUUUGGUAAAUUCGACCACGAAACCCGACAGAUCGAGAUCAACUGUAAAACACUGUGCCCCGAAAAAAGUGACAGUUCAGAUUACGAUGACAGUGUUAAAAUAGAAAUAUUCGUCAGAGAAAUGAGAGCGGAUAAUUCAAAAUAGUUUACCAUUUCUCUAUUAUUGUUGAUUAAUUAUAUCGUUGUAAAAUGAUUUUUUUUAAAUAGUGAAUUUAAAGCUUUGUCAAGAUGAAAAAGAUUAUGGAACGCUGAGCAGCGUUCUUGACGGAGAAGAAAUAUUGUGUGUUGAAAACGACAAUUGGUCUUGCGAAGCCUGUUGUGUACAUUUUAUUCGUGUUAUCUAUUUUUUGGUGUGAUUGACACCUCGUUAUUCGCAUUAUUCUUGUUAAUCAAAUCUUUCACCCAAUUAAUAUAUUCUUCAUUCUAAUUUUAUGACAAAAAGUAUAAAAGUACAUGGUUAGUUCCAUGAGUGUAAAUAUUACAGAUGUAAAAAUGAAUUUGUUAAUUUUGCACAACUAGCGUUAAGCUCUGCCAGCUAAUAUGAUGAAAAUUAAGAACCGAUUGUGAUAAAGAACAAAUGUAUAUUUUUCACUAAAUCGCAUUUAUUUUAUAAAACGUUUUCUGGACAAAGAAAACGUUAUUCGUACGGGGAAGAAAAAAAAUGUAUUUAAUAAAAUUCUUCUCGGUGCGCAUA